AUGUCGGGCGCUCCACCGUACAACGGCCAGUCUCCGACGCAACAGCAGCGGUAUCCGGCCUACACCUCGCCCAGCAAGAACUCCUAUUACCCCAAUGAGCAACCUCAGCAGUAUCAUCAGCAUCCACCUCAGACUCCCCCUGCCUUCCCUCCCGUCGCGCGGAGCCCGCACUUUGCGCACGCGUCCCCGAUGCCGGGCAGUCUACCGCCGCCCUUGAAUGGCGCUGCGCCACACCAAUCUCACCCAGACCAGUCGCAAUAUCCAGGACACCCACCAGCCUCGCAGCUCCCACCACUUGCGCGACCAUACUCCAGCUCGGUGAUGGCGAGCAACGGCGCCUCACCCUACGCAACGCCGCACGGCCACCCGGCCGGUCACCCAGAGGGUCAUGCGCAAUCUCCCACCCGGGAAUCUCAAUCCCCAUACCGUAUGCGAGGCAACGGCGCUGGAUACGGUCCUUCCAUGGUGCGGGAGCAAAGACCUACGUCGCCCCAGGAAACGAAGCCUGCUCGGGCAGCCGAUCCCAUGUCUUUCGCCAGUAUCCUAUCUGGCCCAUCGGAUGAACAGCCUGCGAGAAAGCCUUCUCCUGCGCCCACCUCAUACUCCGUCCACACACCGCAUGCUCCUCCCUCCUUUGACCACCGAAAUGUAAACCAUGGACCUGCGCCUGGAGCGCUGUACCCCAAGUCUGAGCACCGUUUUGCGCACGACAAACGCAUGGAAAGCCCCCGAGGCCUACCCGCCACCAAUGGGUUCUCUAAACCAGAGGCAGAGUACCACGCCCCAGUUCCUCGGCCACCGCUGCGAAAACCCUUCCCACCUGGCGUCGAUCUUGAGCAGGUCAACCGUGCUGCAGCUGAGAUCGAUCAAGCCGACAAGAGUGAUAUUGAGGAUCCUGCAUUCGGUGCUGAAUUGGAACGAUACAAGCAUAAAAGCCACAAGCGGUCGUUGGAGAGUAGUAGAGCAGAGCAGAUCCGACGCAAGCGCCGCCGAAAUGAGUUCCUUGUCGACCUAGGUAGAUCCUUCGAACGACAGGUCAUCUUAGGCAGCGAACGGUUCAGAACUCUCAAUGAAGGUGCUGUUGUCGCUGAAGUCCAGCAAAAGGAGGUUCAGGACGAAAAGGAGCGCAAGAAGGAUAUGCAACGCAAGCGCCGUCGCGAGAACACCGUGCGCCAAGAGAUGCAGAAGAAGCUGGAGGCCGAGCGCAAAGCCGACAAAGCGCAGGAGCCCGGCGAAAGACUUAAAUUCUUGCGUGAAGCCGAGCGAGCACAAAAGAAGAUCCGCACCACCAAGCGCGCCCUGGAAGGAGGCGAUGGCCAAGAUGAGCUUGGUGAGGUCACUCCACUCGCUCCCAACCUCGAAGGUGGCACGACAAGCUCGUUCGCAAUUGGCAACGACGCUGCACGACGCCGGUCCGGUCGCGCUGGUGGCCCUGUCACUCGUCCCAAGAAGUCCAAGGAGCAGAAGCAGGCCGAAAAGGAUAUGGCGGAAGCCGCCUGGAAUGCUGGGCUCGAUGAUGACCUCUACCUCACUCCAAGUGGCCGGAGAGACGCUCCUCUCUCCAAGGAGGGUACUCCCAUGUCCCAGCUUCACUACGACAGCAAGGGCUACAACCAGAUUUACGAUCAGAUUUGGCGCGAUAUUGCGCGCAAGGACAUUCCCAAGGUUUAUCGCAUCAAGAGCACAUCACUAUCCACCCGCCAGGAGAAUCUGCGCAAGACAGCGCAGCUCGCCAGCAAGCAAUCGCGCAAGUGGCAGGAGCGCACAAAUAAAAGCACCAAGGAUACACAGGCUCGAGCCAAGCGUGCUAUGCGUGAAAUGAUGACCUUCUGGAAGCGCAACGAGCGCGAGGAACGUGAUCUGCGCCGCGUGGCAGAGAAGCAAGAGCUGGAAUCCGCCAAGAAGGCAGAGGCCGACCGCGAAGCCAACCGACAAAAGCGCAAGCUGAACUUCUUGAUUUCGCAGACUGAGCUGUACUCUCACUUCAUCGGGCGCAAGAUCAAGACCGACGAGGCACAGGGCGACGCGGCCGUUGCCACCACUGGCGAGACGGUUCAGCCUGGCAAGCCUGAUGCGCACACGGUCAAUAUUCCCGACAGCGUCGCUAAUCCCAAUGCUAAGACUACUGCGUUCGAGGACCUUGAUUUCGACGCGGAGGAUGAAACCGCACUGCAGCAGGCCGCUAUGGCCAACGCUCAGAAUGCCGUGCAGGAAGCCCAGGACCGUGCCCGUGCCUUCAAUAACCAAAAAGAGGGAGACAACAUGGCUGCGUUUGAUGAUGGAGAGAUGAACUUCCAGAACCCAACCAGUCUGGGUGAUAUUGAGAUUUCUCAGCCUACCAUGUUGAAUGCCCAGUUGAAGGAAUACCAGCUUAAGGGUCUUAAUUGGCUUGUUAACUUGUAUGAGCAGGGUAUCAACGGUAUCUUGGCUGAUGAGAUGGGUCUUGGUAAAACCAUCCAGUCUAUCUCUGUGAUGGCCUACUUGGCUGAGUUCCACAACAUCUGGGGUCCCUUCUUGGUUAUUGCGCCAGCAUCCACCCUUCAUAACUGGCAGCAAGAAAUCACAAGGUUCGUGCCAAACAUCAAGGUCCUGCCUUACUGGGGUAAUGCCAAGGAUCGUAAGAUUCUGCGAAAGUUCUGGGAUCGCAAGCACAUCACAUACAACCGCGACUCCGAGUUCCACGUUCUCGUUACCUCUUACCAGCUUGUCGUUCUGGACGCACAGUACUUCCAGAAGGUCAAGUGGCAGUACAUGAUUUUGGACGAAGCUCAAGCAAUCAAGUCUUCUUCUAGUUCGCGUUGGAAGAACCUGCUCGGCUUCAGUUGUCGCAAUCGUCUCUUGUUGACCGGUACUCCGAUCCAGAACAACAUGCAGGAAUUGUGGGCUUUGCUUCACUUUAUCAUGCCUACUCUGUUCGAUUCACAUGACGAGUUUAGCGAGUGGUUCUCCAAGGACAUUGAAUCUCACGCACAGAGUAACACCAAGCUCAAUGAAGAUCAGCUCAAGCGUUUGCAUAUGAUCCUGAAACCCUUCAUGCUGCGUCGUGUCAAGAAGAACGUGCAGCAGGAACUCGGCGACAAGGUUGAGAAGGAUAUCUUCUGUGACCUGACAUACCGUCAACGCGCCCUAUACGCGAAUCUGCGCAACCGUGUCAGCAUCAUAGAUCUGAUCGAGAAGGCCGCCACCGGCGAUGACACUGACAGUAGUACACUGAUGAACUUGGUUAUGCAAUUCCGAAAGGUGUGUAACCACCCCGACCUCUUCGAGCGCGCGGAAACCAAGUCGCCUUUCUCCGCUGCGUCUUUCGCCGAAACCGCCUCUUUUGUGCGUGAAGGAAACUUUGUCGAUGUCCGCUACUCGACACAAAACUUGAUCAGUUAUGACCUGCCACGUCUUUUGUGCAGUCCCGAGGGACGUUUGGAUCUCCCUGGCUCCAAAAACCCUCGCGCUGGCUUCCAAACGAAGUAUCUUUCUCAGCUAAUGAACGUGUGGACGCCCGAAAACAUUCACAAGAGCGCACGUGACGAUGGUGCCUUCUCAUUCUUGCGUUUCGUCGAUACUUCCCCAGCAGAAGCAAGUGAGAUCGCUCGACUUGGUGUGUAUGAGCGCGCGGAGCGUCGCCGUAGCAAACCAAACCGACUUUCUGCCUUAAAUGUCAUCUAUGAUGAGAGUGAUGAUUCUAAGAACUCGGUAUUGUCACACUCGAUGUUGAACAUCGUUGAUCGUAAUGAUCGCCAGGCUGUGCGUGACAUCGCCGUUGAGGGUCGCAUGAAGGAUUUGAUGACCGUUUCGCGUUCGGCUUCCGAGAGACAGGGUCUCCAGUUGAUUGAACCCUGCGCUGCCCCCAAAGCCUCGGCUCCCCCGAUUACAAUGUCUGCCUCUUGUCAGCAAGCACUGCGAGAAUCCAACCGUGACCUGUUCAAUGCGUCUGUCCGCCAAGCACUGUCUGGUAACCACACCCGGCAGCUCGAGAUGGAGAUCCUCGCCAAGAAGCUGGACCCUGCACCCUACUCCCACCCGCCGAUGCUUCCUGCGCCCGGCUCACUCAAGGGACGCUACAGCCACAUCGAGGUUCCAUCGAUGCGUCGCUUCGUAACAGACUCCGGCAAGCUGGCCAAGCUGGAUGAGCUCUUGCGCCAGCUCAAGCCCGGUGGUCACCGUGUGCUUCUGUACUUCCAGAUGACCCGCAUGAUUGAUCUGAUGGAAGAGUACCUCACAUACAGGAAUUACAAGUACUGCCGACUGGACGGAAGCACCAAGCUGGAAGACCGUCGCGACACAGUCUCCGACUUCCAGUCCAACCCAGAAAUCUUCGUGUUCCUGCUCUCCACUCGUGCCGGUGGUCUCGGUAUCAACUUGACGGCAGCCGACACAGUCAUCUUCUACGACUCCGAUUGGAACCCCACCAUCGAUUCGCAAGCUAUGGACCGAGCCCAUCGUCUAGGUCAAACCCGCCAAGUCACCGUCUACCGUCUCAUCACACGCGGAACCAUCGAAGAACGAAUUCGCAAGCGCGCCUUGCAGAAGGAAGAAGUGCAGCGCGUCGUCAUCACAGGUGGCGCCUCUGGUGGAGUCGACUUCAACACUCGCGCCCGCGAGAACCGCACCAAGGACAUCGCCCUCUGGCUCGCCGACGACGACGAAGCCGAACUCAUCGAGCAAAAGGAGAAAGAAGCCAUUGAACGCGGCGAGGCUCUCGGCGCAAAGGGUGGCAAGAAAGCUGCCCAGAAGCGCAAGCGAGAUCUCACGCUCGACGACAUGUACCAUGAAGGCGAGGGUAACUUUGACGACGCCAGCGCUAAACCUUCCGGCGCCGCGACCCCUGCUGAAGAACCCGUCGAAACCCCCUCGUCAACACCCGCUAAACGUGGCCGUGGCCGCGGUCCCGGUAAAGGAACCUCGAAACGAGCUAAGACUACCAAAGAGCGUCUUCGUCUGAUCGACGGUGACGGCGGCCUUGAUUAA